UUUGUCUUUUUGUCUGACCCAUGUUGAUGUUGAUGGCUAAAUUAAUGGUCGUUAAUGCUUCUUCAACCAGAUUUUUUUAUUUCGUCUUUAACUCCGAAUCAUCAAAUGGGUAUCUCAUGAGCUCGUAAAAGUCAGUCCUUUCUGAUUAAAAGAUGGGAUUUUUCGUGAUGAUGAGAUGUGAUUCCAUUGGACUUAUGCUCCUUCUAUGUGUUUUUGGUGUGUGGGUUUUGCCAACGAAAAGUGCUGGUGGAGAAGGUUUCUCAAAAAACUCUUCAUUUUCUUUGCCAAGCUCUGUCAACGUUGGAGCUCUGUUUACUUAUGAUUCUUUCAUUGGAAGGGCGGCCAAACCCGCGUUUUUGGCGGCCAUUGAAGAGAUUAAUCUUGAUCAGAGUAUUCUCAGGGGAACCAAACUCAAUAUCGUCUUCCAGGACUCAAAUUGCAGUGGAUUUAUUGGCACCAUGGGAGUUUUGCAGCUAAUGGAGAACAAGGUGGUUGCAGCCAUUGGCCCACAAUCUUCAGGAAUUGGCCACAUAAUCUCCCAUUUAGCUAAUGAGCUCCAUGUACCUCUCUUGUCAUUUGCAGCAACAGACCCGACUCUUUCUUCACUCCAAUUCCCUUAUUUCCUUCGUACCACACAGAACGACAACUUCCAGAUGAAAGCAAUCGCGGAUUUUGUAUCCUAUUGUCGAUGGAGAGAAGUUGUUGCGAUCUUUGUGGAUAAUGAGUAUGGUAGGAACGGGGUAUCUGUAUUAGGCGAUGCUUUAGCCAAGAAACGUGCCAAGAUCUCUUACAAGGCUGCAUUAACGCCUGGUGCAGAUAAUAGCUCAAUCAGUAGCUUAUUGGCUUCGGUUAAUCUGAUGGAAUCUCGCAUCUUUGUUGUUCAUGUGAAUCCUGAUUCGGGUUUAAACAUAUUCUCUGUCGCCAAGUCUCUUGGAAUGAUGGGAAGUGGCUAUGUCUGGAUCACCACUGAUUGGCUUCUUACAGCUUUGGAUUCCAUGGAACCGUUGGAUGCCAAAACUAUGGGUCUCUUGCAAGGAGUGGUUGCCUUUCGCCAUUACACACCUGAGAGUGAAAAGAAGAGAACGUUUAAAGAAAAAUGGGAAAACUUUAGAUCCAAAAAGAGGUCAAGAAGUGAUGAUGGCUUCAAUUCUUAUGCGCUGUAUGCUUAUGAUUCUGUUUGGUUAGUAGCUCGUGCUCUCGAUUUUUUCUUCAGCCAAGGCAAUACAGUGACUUUUUCUCAUGAUCCGAAUCUGAGUAAUACCAACGAUAGUAACAUUAAGCUAUCAGCACUUGACGUUUUCAAUGAAGGGGAAAGGUUUUUACAGGCCAUUCUUGAGAUAAAUUAUACAGGUCUGACCGGAAAAAUUGAGUUUGAUUCAGAGAAAGACCGGAUGAAUCCAGCUUACGAUAUUCUAAACAUAAAAAGUACAGGCCCACAGAGGGUCGGGUACUGGUCGAAUUAUACAGGUUUCUCAGUUGUGCCUCCGGAGACAUUAUACUCUAAGCCUUCAAACACAUCAGCAAAAAACCAACGCCUCAAUGAGAUCAUAUGGCCUGGGGAAGUAAGUAAGCCACCUCGGGGUUGGGUUUUCCCUGACAAUGGAAAGCCUCUCAAAAUCGGGGUGCCUAACCGUGUGAGCUACAAAAACUAUGUUUCUAAGGAUAAGAACCCACUUGGUGUUAAAGGCUAUUGCAUCGACAUCUUUGAAGCUGCGAUUCAAUUGCUUCCGUAUCCCGUUCCACGUACUUAUAUACUAUAUGGGGAUGGGAAGAAAAAUCCUUCAUAUGACAACCUCAUAAGUGAAGUUGCUGGAAAUAGUUUCGAUGUAGCUGUUGGGGAUGUUACAAUCAUUACAAACAGAACCAAGUUUGUAGAUUUCACGCAGCCAUUUAUGGAAUCAGGGCUUGUGGUGGUAGCUCCAGUGAAAGGGGCCAAGUCUAGUCCUUGGUCGUUCUUGAAGCCUUUCACCAUAGAGAUGUGGGCUGUUACGGGCGCCCUUUUUCUCUUUGUUGGAGCCGUUAUUUGGAUUCUUGAACACCGUUUUAACGAAGAAUUUCGCGGACCUCCUAGGCGUCAAAUCAUUACCGUCUUCUGGUUUAGCUUCUCAACAAUGUUCUUCUCUCACAGAGAGAACACAGUGAGCACGCUUGGGAGGUUUGUGCUACUCGUAUGGUUAUUUGUGGUUCUAAUCAUCAACUCAAGUUACACUGCGAGUCUCACUUCAAUCCUCACCGUUCAACAGCUAACAUCUCGGAUAGAAGGAAUGGACACUCUAAUAACAAGCAAUGAACCCAUCGGAGUCCAAGACGGUAGCUUUGCGUGGAAAUAUCUGGUCAGUGAACUUAACAUAGCUCCAUCAAGAAUCAUUCAGUUGAAAGAUGAAGAAGAAUAUCUCUCUGCCCUUCAACGUGGUCCUAGAGGCGGUGGCGUGGCAGCCAUAGUGGACGAGCUUCCUUACAUUAAAGCCCUCUUGUCCAACAGCAACUGCAAGUUCCGUACAGUUGGACAGGAAUUCACCCGGACAGGCUGGGGAUUUGCGUUUCAGAGAGACUCUCCUCUAGCUGUAGACAUGUCGACUGCAAUGCUGCAGCUGUCGGAAGAAGGAAAACUCGAGAAAAUCCGCCAGAAAUGGCUUACCUACGACCACGAAUGCACAAUGCAGAUUUCAGACACAGAAAACUAUCAAAUAUCGGUACAGAGUUUUUGGGGACUCUUCUUAAUCUGUGGCAUCGUUUGGUUCAUUGCACUCACACUCUUCUGCUGGAAAGUGUUCUGGCAAUACCAUCGGUUAAGACCAGAAGUGAUUGAUGAAGAAAGGACAAGCGAAGAAGCUGGUUCUUCUAGACCAGGGAGAAGUUUGAGAGCGGCAAGUUUCAAGGAUUUGAUAAAAGUUGUUGAUAAGAGAGAAGCAGAGAUCAAAGAGAUGCUCAGGGAGAAGAGCAGUAAGAAACUCAAAGCUAGCCAAAGCUCAGCUGAUAAUUCGCAAUCAAAACAUUCUGAAACUCCUUAGAGGCGGUUAGAUAGAGAUAAGCAGAGUUACACAAUUUGUUUAAAUGACUACAGAUGUAAAAGUAUAACAUUUUACUUAGAAAGGUACAUAGAUUUAUCAUAAGGUCUUAUAGAAGAUGGGGAGAUGUGUAUUGUACAAUACAUAUCCCAAAGAUAUUUAAAAAAAAUAAAUGCAGUU